CAGUGAAAGGAGACGCUUUCCUAUGGCGUGUGACUAAGCAAAUGCAUUCUCAGUGAUUUUGGUUGUGCAAGUGGCAGAGAGAGAGAGACAGAGAGAGAGAGAGAGAGAGAGAGAGAGAGAGAGAGAGAGAGAGAGGAAUAUUAAAAUAUGGCUGGAAAGACACUGCACUUGUUUGUAUUUCUAAUUUGCUCAAUUCGACCGAGCAGUGGAUUUAACAUUGACGUGCAGUUCCCGGUCAUCAAAGAGGGAACAACCAAGGGCAGUUUCUUUGGAUUUGCUGUUGCAUUGCACAAACAGACCGAAAAGACAAAGCAGAACUUGCUCUUGGUUGGAGCCCCUCAAGAGAAAGCCCAUCCUCAACUCAGCAAACUCAAGAUCAAUGAAACAGGAGCUGUGUAUUACUGCCCCAUCACUGUUGAACAGGAUGACUGCAGGAGGAUGGACCUCAUCAGUCCACCUGAAUCAACAGAGAGGGUGGAGGGGAUGUGGCUGGGAGUGACUGUGGCAAGUCAAAGGAAUGGAGGACGUGUUUUGGCAUGUGGUCAUCGCUAUGUAAAAAUACUUCAGGGUGCAGAAGAACAGCAGCGUAUGGUGGGCAAGUGUUAUGUGCGGGGCAACGACCUGACAUAUGACCCCUCUGAUUACUGGCAGUCUGACACUUAUGAGCUGUGUGACUUCAACUUUGAUCAGGACCAGGAGGGCAUGUGUAACAUGGGCAUCUCAGGGGGCAUAACAGAGACUGAUGUAUACUUUGGGGCCACUGGCAGCUUUGUGUGGCAAGGUAAUGUCCAUAUGAAAUGCAGAGACACCGACUCUGAUUUCCCUGGGGACGCCAAUGAGAAAAGCUUUCAUGCGCUGGGCAAUGACAGGCUCAACAUCUACAUCGGUUACUCUGUGCUUGAAGACAUUAAGUUACUUGAUCGCUCCAAGUAUACUGUGGUGACGGGAGCUCCCAGAGACAAUUUCAGGGGCUCAGUGAUCCUGGCAAAACGAGACUCGGAUCUUAAACCUCUGAUGACUCUGAUGACCAUUCCAGGGGAACAAGUAGGGUCAUACUUUGGCAGCUGCUUGGCAGUAACAGACCUCAACAAUGAUGACUGGAAUGAUCUAAUCGUUGGGGCGCCGUUCUACUUUGACCGCUACAAGGAGGAGGGUGGAGCUGUUUACAUCUUUAUGAAUGAAAAUGGGUCCUUCCGGAGAAACGCCAGCAUGGUUCUGAAGGGGAAAAAAGGCUCUGCAUUUGGAUUUGCUGUUGCCGCAGUGGGUGAUGUCAAUCAGGAUGGAUUUCAAGAUAUUGCGGUUGGUGCCCCUUUCCAUGACUCUGGAAAAGUCUAUAUAUGGAUGGGAGGCAAAAACGGAAUUUCUAAUGAAUUCAGCCAGGUGAUUGAGGGAAAAUCAUUAGGUCCCAGUGGUUUUCAGACAUUUGGCUACUCUCUCAAUGGAGGAAUGGAUAUGGAUGGAAAUGAUUACCCUGACAUUUUGGUGGGCUCCUUGGACGACCGCAUCGCUCUGUUGAGGGCACGUCCAGUCAUCCACCUCUCUAAAAACUUUACAGUAGAGCCCAAGAUUGUGAAUCAAAGUCAGUGUGUUAAUCCCUGCAUAAAGGUGAAGGUGUGUUUCUGGUACACUCUUAGCAAUGGAAACAAAGCCUUCAAGAAGGACAUCACUGUAAAAUACACAGUAGACGCAGACAUCCGUGGCACCCGAGUCCGUUUCCUUGACAACAAACAGAGCACAUUUACAGGCCUUCUGUCUUUCUCCGCUCCUGCUUGUCAAGAGCUGGAACUUAGUGUUAAUAGCCCUGUGAGUGACAUACUUCAGCCCAUAGUGUUCUCUCUGAAUGUGUCCCUAAAUAAGCAAACUGCAAAAGCACGACAAACAAUACAAAAUCUGGAUGAUUUUCCAGUGCUGAGCGGCCAACAGAUCCUGACAGCAAGAACUGAGAUUAACUUUCUCAAGGAGUGCGGUACUGAUAACAAGUGUAGCAGUAACCUGCAUCUGAAGACCAGGUUUGCAGAUGAGAAUUACAUUCCCUUCCCGAGUCAGGGAGACAGUCAGGUCAUGGAGUUCAACAGUAGUAUCAAAAAGCUGGUGAUGAUGGUGGAGGUUACUAACAUGCCAGAUGGAGACAGAGAGGCAGAGGACGCUCAUCAGGCAAAGCUCAACAUCACCAUUCCCCACACACUCAAGUACUCAGGGGUGCGAACUCAGACUAGAUGUGAUAUUGAGUACAGCAACGAGACAGUUAUAUGCAAUCUGGAAAACCCAUUUAAAAGCAAUCAGAAGGCUUCAUUGAUAAUCAUUUUUGAAACCUCUGGAAUAACACUUUACACAAAGCAAAUUUACUCUCAGCUUCAGCUAUCCACAAUAAGUGAACAGAAUGAUCUGUUUCCUGUUCAUGUCACUCUGAACGUGAAGAACACAGUCCUCACUUCCUUCUCCUUAGAACGGGCUGUGGUGGACACGUACUUCAGUGGCACUGUGAUUGGAGAAUCUGCGAUGAACAGCACCAGUGAUGUGGGAAGUCCAGUGGACUUUGUGUUUCGUGUGCAAGUUUUAGGAGAACCUCUAAGAGACAUGGGAACUCUGAUGAUUGACUUUGAAUGGCCGUUUGAGGUGACCAAUGGGAAAUGGCUGCUGUAUAUCACAGAGAUUAUCAUCAAAGGAACGUCAGAGUCGCGCUGUGUCCCACCAGGAAAGAUUGUGAACCCGCUCAACCUCACACUGUCAGAUGAAGGUACUAAACGAUUGAAGAGAGAUGUGGAUGUCAGUUUUCCUUAUGCAGAAGCCGCUGUUACUGUCCUGACACCUCGUAAAGAGACGCAUUUGCUGGAGUGUUCAAAGCAGACAGCUCGCUGUUUAAUCUUCUCCUGCCCACUGCGGAACAUGUCGACCCAAGCUGAGAUCAAAGUCAGGUCACGUGUGUGGAACAGCACUAUGCUGGAGGAUUACGCCAAUGCCUUGCGAGUGCAAGUAAGGAGUCAGGCGACGCUGAGACUGGUUACGGAUAAACCGACAAUCAAAAUGGAAAGUCAGACCAGAGAGUUUUUAGUGAACAUUGACCCGGUGCUGGGAGAGGAGACGCCAUAUGAAGUUCCUCUUUGGAUAAUCAUUGUUGCAGCGGUUGCUGGGAUACUGCUAUUAGGCAUUAUCAGUCUAAUUCUGUGGAAGUGCGGUUUUUUCAAGAGGGCUGUCUACUACAGGAUAAUGCCAAAGUACCACGGAGUGAAAGUACGCAGAGAGGAGCGCUAUAAGUAUAACAUGGCCUUUCAGCCUGAGCAAGAACUGAGCAAGAAACUCUGGGUCACCAACUGGACGGAAACACAAGAAUAUUACUACUGAACUCUUCACCUGACCGCGCCCACAGAGCCAGGGUAGCGUGGUGAUUGGAGGAUUUCCUUUAUUAACCCCACCUCAACUAACCAGACACUAGACAGAGGCUUUGGGAGCCAUCACUAACAAACAUGUUUUGACAAAAGAUUUCUGGUCUGCGUGCAAUAUCAUGUCCUCGGUUUUGUAAACCAUUGAACUGCUUGAAAAAAAAGAGAAUGUUUUGUCAAGAGCAAGUGUGGCAUUUGAUGAAAACAUAAUGAAUCGAUUUAUUUUCCUAUUGCUUAAUCUUCACGAACUGCUAGUAACAUGUAAUUUUUGUUGUUGUUUGGUCUUGCUUGGUUCCACAUGCAUGCUUUAUUUCAUUAUGAUUUCUCAUUCCACAAUGAUAGCAUUUUUCUAACAUAAUUUAUGUGAUAUACUAGUAACUUUGCCCCUUACAUUGAAGUCAGAAGUUUACCUACCAAAGCAGACAGUAAUGCUUGCUCAUUAACAUACAGAGACAAACACCUAAAGGGAAAGUGCACCCAAAAAUGAAAAUUCUAUGAUCAUUCACGGGUGAGUGAAUCGUCCAAAACCCCAAAUGGCUUUAUUUUUCGGUGGAAUUUAAAAGAACAUUAGCAAAGACUUUUAGCAAGUCAGUCCACUGUCGGCCAUGUUUGGAACUCUCUCGGAUGGCUUUUUCCAGUCAUGACAGUGCAGCUCCUAUCCUAUGAAUGGGGAAAGACUUGAAGGUUUUCAAGUUGACUGACAGGUGAUGUCUGUAUCUAAAAGGUGAUUGGCUCUUUUACCUGUAAGGCGGGACUUCAUUUCUACAUCCACUGACAGUUGGCUGCCGUUGGGCAUUCCAAUUUCUCCCAUUCAUUUUAAUAGAAGUGGUCCGUCUCUGCUAAAUAGUCUCUGAUGUUAGUCUCAGUCACCAUUCACUUUUAUUGUAUGGAGAAAAAAAAAUGAAAGAUGGUGACUGAGGCAACAUGUACUUUUUGUUCCACAGAAGAAAUAAAGUCACAUAGGUUUAGAAUAAUAUAAGUGAGUAAAAAAAAAUAAGAAUUUUCAUUUUUGGGGGAACUGUCCCUUUAAGUUGUGACCACUGAUGAAAGAGCCAGGCUUUCCAGUUCUGUUAGAUCAGAUUUAUUGUUUGGCUGGAUGGCUGUGUUUGUAACACUGUGCAUGAGCAAUACCCUUUUUUCCCAGGUACUGAAACACUUAGUAUUGACCCAUACCCUCCCAUGGAGGAAGACCAAAGUAUGUAAGUUUGUAGAUUGAUUCUCAUGAUGUCCAGGUCAUAUUUCAAUAAAUAAAAAAUAAUAAUACAUUUUGCAUAAAAUAACAUAGAACCUAUUUCCAAACCAUUUCCGAACAUUAUUAUUUUUGUUAUUUUUGUUGUUGUUUUGGUCCUAAAAUAGACUUAUUUUUUUUUAUUUUGAUUUUGGGGUGAAAUAUGACCUAGACAUUUCUUGUUUUUGCUAAAUUCACCCAUUUAGUGUAUAUCAAUGUAUUUAGAAUUUGCAGAUUUCAAGUAAUACUGUAGCUAUUUUCAAAUUCACCUGUCUUUCUUUUGGUUUUACUGAUAAGAAAAAGGAGGAACAGAUAGAGAACUACUGUACUGUCCCGUUUGUGUCAUUUUUCAGAGUUAAGAAUGUAGAUUUUAUGCUUGAACAAAUGCUAUAACAUUUUCUAUAAAAAGAGAUAAAUGAUCAUUUAGUGUUGGAGGGGAUUUGUAUUGUUUUCUUGAAAGCACCAUGUACUGCCAAACCAAGUGGAUUGCUGGUUUCAGUUCAAACAUUUAGCACACUGGACAACUGUUCUUGUCUCUUAGGUUAAGAUGGUAGAAGAAUCAGAAUUGCUUUUUAGAUCAAAUGGAAUAAGAAUUUUGGAUAUUCCAAUUGAAUUAAAUGUACUGUAAUCAAGUGGAAGCCAAUCACAUGCACAACAAGUGCAUUAAACUGUAUUGUCAGAGAGAAGCCAACAUCAAUCGAUUUUUUCAUCUUAGUCGAUAGUGUUCAAAUGAUGCAUGUGUAGAGGGUAUAGCAUUGGAUAAUAGAGCAGAUAUGGUUAAACCACUAGACUUCAAUUGAUUAUGGGCAAAUAAAACUACAUCAGAGUGCUUUUAUACCUCAGUCCUGGGUAUUGGGGUGCAAAAAUAUACUGUAUGUCCACACAUAGAGAAAAAGCAACAUGGUCUUUAAGGUCUUGUUUUAUACUGUACUGUUAUUAAAAUGUUUUGUAGAAACAGAA